AUGCUGUGUUUACUUCUCCUGUUAACUAUCCCUUGUUCCGUUGCACUGAACUGUAAAUCCUCUCACCAUGACAGUUGGUGUACAUGUACUGAUUUAGACGGUGAUUUGUUAAAGAUAGUGUGCACUGGUGAAUAUGGACUACCAAAAUUGAUACCAGACAAUACUGCUGAACUGCAUAUAACAGACAGUAAUAUCACAAAUCUAACAGCAAAUUUUUUAAAUAAGGAAAUGCCAAAAUUGAAGGUGUUAAAUUUGACUGGGAAUGAAUUGAUGUACAUAGAUCCAAGUGCUUUCAACCAUAAAGAUUUUAAAGUGGUAGAACAGCUUAUAUUAGACAAUAACAAACUUGUUUUAAGUGGAAGAAAACUCAUCAGUAGCUUGAAUAGAUUAAAGAUUUUGAGUAUGAAAAACGCAUUUUUUAGCGGCGCAUAUGCUAGUCGCAUCGGUACGGCUCUCAGGCACUCGCAUACUUCUUUGCUUGAAUCUAUAAUUCUCGAUGAUAAUGACCUUAGUGGUGGGCUAGAUGUCACAACGUUUAACUUUAGUUUAUACGGUAAAGAGAGUAAGACGAGCAUCACCACGAUAUCUUUGCGCAACACAUCUCUAAUCUUGUUUUUUGGGGGGACGUUAAAUGUGACACAUUUACCAAACUUAGUUUUUGUUGACCUGAGCAGAAACAAGCUGCAAACGAUAAGCCAAGACAUUAUCGAUGAUCUCGAAAAUUUCAUAAAUCUCACAGUGGAUUUCACUGGAAACCCAUUUGUGUGUAACUGUCACUUAUAUGACUUUGUUACAUGGUUAAAUGAAAGCAAUUUUGUUAGCAUUGUCAACAAAGAAGAAUAUUUGUGCAGCAAUGACUCGCUUAAGAAGAUCUUUGGACGCAAGUUGGUAGACUUGAACCCCAAAGAGGAUCUGAAGGGAAAAUGCGAAGACACUGAGGAGAAAAUCUCAACUUCCUACAUUGCCUUGAGUAUAGUGUUUGGUAUAGUAGGCUUGCUUGCAAUGAUAAUCUUAUAUUUACGGCGAGGAGAAUGUAUAGGAUUUUUCCAGCGCAUGUUUGAUGGAGCACACGAAACGCUUAGUGACAAAGGAGGUUACACAGAUAUGGAUAAUCCAUAUUUACCCGACACACCGGCAGUUGAUGUAUAA